GGCUUCUAGCUCGAAUGUGGAUCCUCGUGGAGCAUCAGAUUCAACAGUUUUGAAGAUAAACUCGAAUGAUGUUGCUUGGUACUAUGGAAUUUUGUAUGAUCUGAAGAAUCUUGACAAAGUCAAAUGCAAAUUGUGUGGGAAAGAAUUUUCAGGAGGUGCGUACAGGAUCAAAGAACACAUUGACAAAAUUCCUGGAAAUGUUUAUGCUUGUCCAAAAUCAUCAAAGGAUGAUCAAGAAAAGUGCAAGAAUGCUAUCGAGGAAGUAAAGAAAAGAAAGAAGAAGAAGGUAAUUGCAGAUAAUGAGUUGCGACAGUCAAUUAUGGUUCAUGACAAUGGAGAUAUGGAUGAUGAGAUUGAACUUGAAGAAAUAGGAUGAAGAAAGAUGCAAAGGACACUUGGUCCAAUGGAUAAGUUUGCAACAAACAUCAAUCCAGAAUCUAGACCUCUUCCAACUAGGCAACAAAAUAUCAAUGAUGCUCUUUGGAAGGAGAAGCUACAUAAGGUUCAACAAUAUAUUGCUAGGUGGGUGUAUGCUUCAGGUGUUCCUUUCAACUCUAUCGCAAACGAGGAGUUUAAAAUGAUGGUUACAGCUUUAGGACAAUUUGGUCCAGGCGUCACACCACCAAGUCAAUACCAACUUCGAGAGCCUUUACUAAAGGAAGAGGUUGAUAGAGUUCAUGGUUUGCUGAAACCGCAAGAAGAAGAGUGGAAGAAGAAUGGGUGCAAGGUUAUGACAGAUGCUUGGUCGGAUUGAAAGAGGAGAAGUAUCAUGAAUUUGUGUGUUAAUUAUAAAGGAGGUACAAUGUUUCUCUCUUCUAAAGAGAGUUCAGAUGAGGCUCAUACAGGUGGAUAUAUUUUUGAGUAUGUUAAAGGAUGCAUUGAGGAGAUUGGUGAAGAGAAUGUAGUUCAAGUGGUAACUGAUAACGCCACUAACAAUAUGUCUGCUGCAAAGAUAAUGAAAGAGAUCAAGCCAAGUAUCUUUUGGACAUCAUGUGGUACUCACUCCAUCAAUUUGAUGCUUGAAAGCAUAUCAAGACUCCCAAUGUUCAAAAGUACAAUUCAAAUGGCAAAAGAAUUCACAGUCUUGAUAUAUGCUCAUCAUAAGACAUUGGCGAUGAUGAGAUCAUUCACAAACAAGAGAGAUAUCGUUAGGUCUGGAGUUACUAGAUUUGCAUCAUCGUUUCUUACUUUGCAAAGUCUCUUGGACAAGAGAGAUAAACUAACAGCCAUGUUUUCUAGCAGUGAGUGGAGAAAAUGCAAAUGGUCGAAACUUUCGAAAGGAGUAAAGGCAUUUAACACGGUGAUGAGUGUUAAAUUUUGGAAUGGGGUGAUAAUGUGCUUAAAAAUUUUUGGACCAUUGGAGAUAAAAAGCCUACAAUGGGAUUUUUGCAUGGAGAGUUAAUGGUAGCAAAGAAAGAUAUAAGUGAUGGAUUGAAAAAUGUGGAAAAAAAUGUGAAGCCGAUAUUGAAUAUCAUCGAAGAAAGGAUUAUGGGUCGACUUGACAAUCCUUUGCAUUUGACAGGUUAUCUCUUGAACCCAUACUACUUCUACAACGAUUCAAGCAAAGUGACCAAUGAUGAGAUAUCAAACGCAAUCUUUAAGUGUGUGGAUGUUUUUUUUCCAAAUGAUCUCACCACACAAUGUCAAGUCAUCAAUUCUGAAUUGGCGAUUUACAAAAAUAAAGAAGGGAAUUUUGGAAAACAAUGGGCCAUCUUAGGUUGCAAGAAGGAGGAUUAUGAUCCAGGUAUUUUUUUCUCUUCAUUAAAACUUUCACAUUUCUUUGUUCUUCUAUUGAAUAAUUUGAGUUUUAUUAUUUACUUUGUUCAUUUAUAUUGGUUUAUAAUUUCAGUUUAUUGGUGGGAAACAUAUGGAAAUGCAGUUCCUAAUUAAGCAAAAAUGGCCAAGAGAAUUCUGUCUUUGACUACAAGUUCAUCUGGAUGUGAGCAAAAUUGGAGUACAUUUGAUGGGGUACAUACAAAGAAACGAAACCGACUUGACGUAAGUCGAAUGAACAAUCUUGUGUAUGUCCAAUUCAAUUUAAGAUUGAUGAACCAAAAGAAGAAACAAAGAGAGAAAAAUGUUGAUAUAUUGGUUGCGAAUCAUGCUACCUAUGCUCAAUCAUUGAUUGUUGAUGGGAUUUCUAAUGAUGAAGAGGACUCGGGAUUUGGUUUAGAAGUUGAUAUUGGUCAAGAAGAAGCAUUUAGAUCAACAACUGAAGCAGAUCAAAUUAGAGAGCUAGUUGAAGAAGAUUUCAUAUCCGAUGAUGAAGAAGAAGUUUUUGAUGUUGAUUGUGAGUCGGACGACAAACAGAUUCUAGAAGAUGAUGGAGAAGAAGAAUUGGAAGAUUAAAAUUUGGUUUUGUCAUUAUGUUUUCAUUUUUUUGAGAGUUAGAAAUUUAACGUAAGACUUAUUUGAUUUU